GAGGCCUGGCAUGCUGAGGUUCACGGGGUCACAAAGAGCCGGACACAACUGAGCCACUGAACUGAACUGAACCUUUUUAAGUCAAAUAUAAAGUAGAAAUAAUGAUGUCUGUCUUGACUGCAUCACAUUAUGCUUGUGCAUGCAGAUGGAACUUGCACCCCAUGAAGUAGAAGCUUGGAAUCUUAACCACUGGACCACCAGGGAAGAUCCCAACCAUUUUCAGAACAAUAUCUGCAAGCUGAAGGCCAGCUGCAAACAUAGUUUCAAAGUACCCCUUCCCCUAUCUGCAACUAUGUAACCAUUUUGAACUCCAAUCAAUUCUUACUUAAAGAAGCACCCUUAUUUCUUGCCAACUUCAAUCCUAAUUCUUGACAAUUUAUGGAACAUAAAUUGUAGUUUGGGCUUUUAUAAAUUUCCCCUAUUUUGUAAAUCAGGAGUACCUUUCAAUUAUUUUGUUUUUUGUUUUUGUUUUUGUUUUUUUCUUUCAAUUAUUUUGAACUGUGCCUUCUGAGAGAUAACACUCCUUACAAACCACAAAUCAAGUCUUCUGAGUAUGAGUGUGUCCUCAACCAGAGUUUCUUUCCUCAGAAGUCUUGGUUACCUCAGGUUGAACCUCAGAGACAAAGCCUUGUCCACAUCUCUGCUAGGCCAAGGCGAUUGCCAGGCUGUGACACCUUCUGCAGACUUUCUUUUGCUCUGCCAGGAAGGCACCCAGUGUGGCAGACAGCCUGAGUAAAGGUUCGUUCUCUUAGAUCCACCAUUAGUCUACCAGCCCCCAUCAGGCACUUGGCAGUUUGAAGAGGAGCCAAAGACCAGCAACCUUCAGGCAUCCUGUUUACGCCUGUUCUGACUUCUUCUUUUGCCUUGAAGCCCUGAGAAAUAACAGGAAGCAGAACUGGAUUAAAACAAAGCUGGUAAAAAAAAAAUCUAUAAAUAAAACAAAGCCAGUAUGUGACAUCCAGACUGAGGGGUACCUAGUGUCAUCUGGUUUACGAUCAGCGCUUGUUUUCUAGUCCCUGCAUCUGGUGCCUCCCCCAACUCUGGGCAGAAGACUGAGGCCUAGAAGUGAGAGACUCUCCAGGAGAUGCCGUGGAUGGUGAGAUGUGUGUGUGAGGACUCAGGGAAACCAGAGGGCGUGGCGGCAGCAGCAGUGUUUGCAGUCCUGAGACCAGCAAACCCCUUCGGCCAGCGGCAGUUCACACUGAAGAGGAACGGCCACCAGGAGAGCCAAGGAGAGGAUGAAGAAACCGCCUUCCCUGGUUUCACUCGGCCAUGACUGAAGCCAAGUCCCUGUGUUCUUGUCUUUUGAAGUAGAAUGCCAGCUCAAGAGUCAGUCAUCAGGAAAUAUGAAGAUGCAGAAACAAAGACUAGUUGUUGGGCUGGGGAAUUGGUAGCAGAUUAGAUUAUAAUUCUGCCAUAUGGCUGAAUCACUGAACUCCAAGUUCUCUGAAAGAUAUAGACAAAGGCCUGACACACAUUCCUAAGCUGUUUUAACAGGAGUGGAUCCUCUCCAGAUGAAAACUGCUGACCGUCAGGACACUGAUCCUAGACUGGCUGAGACCAGAAGACUGAAGAUGCUUGAAACUUCACCUUGAUGCCAACCAAUCUGAGAAUUGUCCUUGCCCUGCUCCUUGAACACUAUAAAACUCCUCGUGACCACACAGUCUUGAGGGCAUUAGCCUGCUCUGGCCCCCUUUGCCUGGAAAAGAAAUAACGGCUAUUCUUUUGUACUUCACCCAAAAUGGUCUCCAUGUUUCUACUUGGCAUCGGUGAACAGAGGCCAAGUUUUGGCAACAUGACCUCACCAGGGCUUUGUUUUCAAUUUCCUGUUUUUGCAACCCCCUGAAAACCAGUGCUGGAUGCUCUUGAUUAAGUAGAAACAUGACUCUGAUGGAGACUUCGAAAAUGUUGCUGAGAGAUCCUACCUCCAGAGAAAAUGUGGAAGAGGGGCAAUCUGGUCAAGAUUUCCAAAAGAAAUGCCUAGCAAUUGUAUCUCCUGUUACACCUGCCAAGCUUUACUGCUGCAUCGUGAUUAUCUUUGUGCUUAUAGCUCUAAAUGUGGUGUUACUUUUCACUUCUGUGGCAGUGAGGAGCAGAAAGCCAGACUCACACGUUCUGUAUGUCCCCUGCCCAAAAGAAUGGAUUGGAUUUGGGCGUAAGUGUUUUUAUUUUUCUGAAGACUCGAAGAAUUGGACAUUCAGUCAGACAUUUUGUACUUCACGUGAAGCUGUUCUUGCUCAGUUUGAAACCGAGGAGGAGCUGAACUUUCUCAAAAGAUACAAAGACCCUUUUGACCAUUGGAUUGGCCUUAGCAGAGAAUCAUCACAUCAUGCUUGGAAGUGGACAGACAACUCUACAUAUAAUACGUCGUUCGGCAUGACAGGAGAUGGGGAACGUGGCUACCUGAAUGACCUUGGAGUUAGCAGUGCCAGAAGUUAUACAGAAAGAAAAUGGAUUUGCAGCAAACAAAUAACAUCUCCAUGUCCUUAAAUUCUUCAAGUCCUUUUUAGGGAUCACACACCAUCCCUAAGAGAUGCAUUAAAAAUUGUUUUAUAAAUGUUUCAUAAAAUUUUUUUAUAAAUGUUUAUAUAUACAUUAUAAACAGUUGCCCUGUUGCUUGCUCUGCCAAAAAUAUCAGGAAUAUUUAUUGAUAGUGUUUGGUAACCCCACAGAAGCAAGCUAUACUUGCAUGAGAUAGAAAUUUGGAAGAGAUUCUAAAUUAAGUAGGUGUUAAAUAAUAUGAGUUGAUAUUUAUGUCUUGAACCCAUAAAUAUGAAAGAAUUCCCUUUUUUCCAUACAAACAGCAUUUUAUUUGCACACAUGGGACCACAAUAAUGACUAUGAUAGCUAAAACCAUGCACAAUUAUUUUAAUAACCAAUGAGAAAUAUUACAAUUGGUUAACACAUUCAAAAUUCCCUGACUGUCUGUUCCACAUGUACAUGGUCACUUUUUUUGGACUUCCUGGUGGCACAGUGGAUAACAAUCUGCCUCCCAAUACAGCAGAUACAGGUUCCAGCUCUGGUCCAGGAAGAUUCUGUACCCCACACAGCAGCGAGGCUCCUGUGCCACUACUACUGAGCCCGCUCUCUAGAGCCCAUGAGCCACAACUAUGAGCCCGAGAGCUACAACUACUGAAGCCCCACGCCUAGAACCUGUGCUCACUGCAGGAGAUGUCACCGCAAUGAGAAAUCCACACACUGCAGUCAUGGUCCAGUGCAGCCAAAACUUAAUAAUUAAUUAAGUAAAUUAAGAAAACAUAUAUAGAGAGAAAAUUUUAAUGCUACUAAGACAAGGCACUUCCAUGGUGGAAGUCCAAUAAUAAUAAUAAUAAAUUAUCUAUUUACCACAAUAAGUAGGAAACGAAAGAAAUCAUAAAAUGGGGCAGGGGUGGGGAGAAGCAAGCAAACAAACUAGAUUUUACAAGCUGAAAUGAAUAUCAAAGAUCCCACAUGCUGCAACUAAGAUCUGGGGCAGCCAAAAAAUUUCAAAAAUUACGAAGACUAAUCUUUAUUUCAGACUCCAUAUUUUAAGGCAUUAGAAAUACUGUAAAGGUGCCUUUUAUGCUUUAAUUCUCAGUGUUUCUGUUUUAUUUAUUUUUUUCUAUUUUUUUUCCGUUUAUUUUUGUUAGUUGGAGGCUAAUUACUUUACAAUAUUCUAGUGGUUUUUGUCAUACAUUGACAUGAAUCAGCCAUAGAUUUACAUGUAUUCCCCAUUAUUACAGUGUGCUAAGUAAAUAUUAUAUCUAUAAACAAAUACCAAUCUGUUUUUUACACUAUUGGAUUUUAAAAAUCCUGCUCUCACCCCAUUUAAAUCAAAAAUAGUGAAUUGCCUCCUCUCAUUACCCAUGUGAUACUCAGUCUCACAAAUGUUUAUGUAUGGUUGAGGUUUAGAAACAGAAUGUUUUAGAUAUUUACAGUAUGAGCAGCACUGUACUAAUGAGUCCAGAAAUGGACUAAGUAGCAAUUUAUAAUGCAUCUUCUGUCUUUAUGUAUUGGGUUGUCCAGUGAAUAAAUCUUACAGAAUAGAAAAUCCAAAUGACAUUCUUGGCCAACCCAGGGCUUCCAUUUCUCCCAUCUCAGUGGUGUGCUUCCCAGUUUCUUCUUUUUUUGUUUCUGAUUUUGAUCUACCACCAUAUUCCAAUAAACAUUGUGUUAAUUUCAGGAGUGCAGCAGGGUGAAUCCGCUGGACAUGUACAUGUAUCCACGCUUUUUUAGAUUCUUUCCCUACAGGAAUUGAUGCAGUAUAGAGUUUCCCUGGGCAAUGCAUUAUUCCUGACCAAUUGUCUAUUUUACAGAGAGUGCUGUGUGUCUGUCAGUCUCAGUCUCCCAAUUUAUCCCUCCACACCCCUUUACACCCCUUUACCACCUGGUAACUCUAAGUUUGAUUUCUACAUCUAUGACUCUAUUUCAGUUUUGUAGAUAAGUUUUUUAGAUUCCAUGUAUAAGCGAUAUCGUAUGUUUGCCAUCAAUUUCUCCUUGUAAUUUAAUUUAAUUUUGAAGAUAUUUAGUUUUGUAUCUAUUUAUAUAUAUUAUAUAUUUAUAUUAUAUAUAAUAUAUAUACUUUUAUAUACUUUAAAUUAUGUAUUUGAUGCUUUUUGUCUUAGAGUCCCUUUUACCUCAGGUUUUGUAAGAUGAAUGAAUUAUGUCUAGUUCACUUCCGUGUCCUCAGAGACUAGUACAGCGUCUCAAGUACAGAAUGUUCUAAACAUCCCUGUGAAUAUAUAAUGUCUUCCUGACUUUGAGGUGUUGCCCUGUUUGCCUGGUUUCUGCUAAUUUUGUGAUAAAGAAAGAUAAAUUUUCACAGAAAUCUGGAAAGUAAAAUAAAGCAAUCAGUAAAAUUUA